UCACAAACGGAUGACAGACAGAAGUUGUCGUUUUUUUAAAUUCCGAAUUAAAGUUAUUUUACGAAAACAUUAAGUUAAUUUUGAAACAGUAUAAUAACGAUUAAGAGUCUUGUUUCAAGUAGAAGCAAAUCACAAAAGCAAGAAGAAUGAAUCCAUUAACAAAUGUCAGAAACAUUGCCAAACUGAGUGAGCGUGAGCUCAAAUAUAACGAUGGGAAGACUUCCUGGCAUGACGAGUAUCGCGAUUCCGCCUGGAUAUUUAUAGGCGGCUUGCCUUAUGACCUGACCGAGGGGGAUAUCAUCGCCGUUUUCUCACAGUACGGAGAACCCGUGAAUCUCAACCUGAUUCGUGACAAGGUGACCGGAAAGUCGAAAGGGUUUGGAUUCCUGUGCUAUGAGGAUCAGAAAUCGACUAUUUUAGCAGUAGAUAACUUUAACGCGAUCAAGAUCUCGGGACGAACUAUUCGCGUGGAUCACGUCAAAGAUUACAAACCGCCCAAGGAUUCAGAUAAAUUGGACGAUGUGACUCGAAACCUGCACAUUACGGGGUGCGGUCCUGGCGUCCAGCUUCCCGGAUUAGAACCACCCCCGUCAAACAGCAGUAUUAAGAGAGAGCGAGGCGAUGAUGACGAUUACCUCCUUCCUUACGAACCAAUUAAGAAGAUCAAAAAAGAGGAAAGAGACGCUGUUCCGAAGAAGAAGAAACGUGACGAUGAGAAAGACAUCAAAAAAGCUAAAAAGGCCAAGAAGGAUAGAAAACACAAAAAAUCCAAGUCUAAGAAAUCUAAAAAAUCUAAAAACUCGUCAUCUUCUAGUAAAAACAAGAAGAAUAAAAGGAAGGAAAGUAGCAGCAGUGGUAGCAGCAGUGACAGUGAAUCUGAUUCUAGCAAUGAAAGCGAGUCCGAUCGUAACCGAAGAAAGAGAAAGUAAUAGUCUAGUUUGUCAUUAGUUAUUAUUUUUUAUCGUUAUUUAAUUGUACAACACUUUUAAAACUAUUUUGAAAUUUUGUAAGAUUGAAUACAUAGUUGACUAUUUUCUCGUAUGAAGUACAUUAAAGCGGUCACCGUACACAAAGGAA